CAUACUCAGCCGGAAUGGUGUGAUACUCUCUACUUGUUUGGCUCUUUUCCUGUUGCUCUUUUAUUUCUGUUGAUGCCCUCGAUACCCGAUUUGGUAUGCAUUUACUUUGCAGUUAUAUCACUUUCUGACUUUGAACCUUCUGUCAUUCACGCGUUCAUCGUCACCACAUGACGAAUACGAAAAAGACCAUAGCCAUCGUCAAUGGUACUGGUCGACAAGCAGCCUCGCUCAUCCGAGCGGUGACAGCCGUUGGCUAUGGUGUUCGUGCCCAAGUGUACUCUACCGAAGGUUUGGUCGCUGAGGAGUUGGCUGAACUACCAAAUGUCACACUGUUCGAAGGGUCCCUGCUGGACAAUCCAGUGCUAGUGGACACCAUCUUUGAGGGAGCUCAGAUUGCCUUUAUCAACACGAAUCCUCUGGCGGGCGAUGAGAUUAAGAUAGGCAAAGCACUUGCCAAUGCGGCCAAGAAGCGAAACAUCCAGCAUUUCAUCUAUAGCAGCAUGCCCGAUCACUCGAUACACAAUCCAAAGUGGCCUUCAGUUCCGUUAUGGGCUCCCAAGUUUACUGUCGAGAACUACAUACGCCAGCUAGGACUACCUGCAACCUUUGUCUAUGCUGGAAUCUACACGAACAACUUCACCAGCCUUCCAUAUCCACUAUUUUGUACGGAAUUCUUGGAAGAUGGCUCGGUGGAGUGGCGAGCACCGUUUCACCCUGAUAUCAAAUUACCCUGGCUCGAUGUUGAGCAUGACUUCGGACCGGCUGUUCUACAGAUAAUCAAGGAUGGCCCUGGCAAAUGGGGCAAGGGGCAAAGGAUCGCACUUGCGUUUGAGAAUCUUACACCAAUCCAAGUGUGCGAAUCAUUCAGCAAGGCACUAGACCUGCCGUGCGACUACGUGUACGAUGAGCAAAUCGAAGUCGCAGUCAGUAUCCCCAACGGGUACCGACAGCAGCUUUCUGCGCUUGAGAUUCUGUUUGGCCAUUACAACGCCCCUUAUUUUCCGGGAUCGGACUUCCAAUACAUCGGCCGAAGAAAAGGCAGCAACGAUACAGUCACCAGUCGAAACAGUCAAGACUCCUCGUGUGGGAAGCCGGGAAAGCUUACCGACACCGCUCGGGCACUCUGGCCCGGUUGGCGGUCGAUAGCAGAGUAUUUUGCCACAGCUUUUGUGGCCGAGGAAGAAGCGAAUGGUAAGACAUGGAUGAUGGACAAGACUCAAAGCACCUAGUGGCGUGUGGUGUGUAUGACGACUUAUGACUUCUUAUCUUUCUUGCAUAUUUGGAAAAAGGGGAAUCGGAACUGCAUAGCAUGGGAACAUUGGCACAAAGGGUGAUCCUGGGGUAACCUACUUCUUUCUCUGGUUAGGUCAUUGAUUUCUGGGGUUGAAAAGGGUUUGUGGAGGGCUUGGGGCGUCACGAAUGGCCCUUUCUUUCUUUGCGCCGGCUUUGAGCGAUAUCGCCUCGAGAUAAGAAGGACAUAUCAAUAUGUCAAACUGAUGCUAUUAUCUAACGAGAUUAAUCGAAAUAUCGAAUUAUACUUUCCUAAUCACCUUUGGC